CAAGCGCGCGGCGCCGCGCCCCGCGCAGGGGCGGGCCCGCGCGCCAUUGGCCGGGCGACGUGUCGCGCGCGGCGCCGGGCCAGUCGACCGACGCCUGCCGCGCGAGCGGGUGUCUGACGGCGCGAGGACUCGGUGCAUGAGCGGCGCCGACCGCUGGAGCCGACGGGCACUGGGGCCGUGGAGCGCGCGCCGUGGGCCCCGGCCGGCGCGGGCAUGCGCUUCGAGGGCGCGGAGCGGGCCUUCCACCCGCUGCUGGCGCCGCGGCCGAGCGACUUCUCGGUGUCGGCGCUGCUGACGGCGGGCGCACUGCCGCCGCCGCCCUACCUGCCGGCCGCGCUGGCCGCCGCCGCCGCGCUGUCCGCGCCGUGUCCGCUGCUGAAGCCGCCGCCGCCGCACUACGCGCCGCUGCCUCCCGACGACGACGGCGUCGUCGACGACCCCAAGGUCACGCUCGAGGGCAAGGACCUGUGGGAGAAGUUCCACAAGCUGGGCACCGAGAUGGUGAUCACCAAGAGUGGCAGACAAAUGUUCCCACAAAUGAAGUUCCGCGUGUCCGGACUGGACGCGAAAGCGAAAUACAUCCUCCUGCUGGACAUCGUCGCAGCCGACGACUACCGAUAUAAGUUCCACAACAGACGUAUGUUUCCUGCCUACAAAGUUCGCGUUUCUGGUCUUGAUAAAAAAGCAAAAUACAUUUUGCUAAUGGACAUCGUAGCUGCCGACGAUUGCAGAUACAAAUUCCACAACAGCCGGUGGAUGGUCGCCGGCAAGGCUGACCCGGAGAUGCCCAAAAGGAUGUACAUCCACCCCGACUCGCCGUCCACGGGCGAGCAGUGGAUGCAGAAGGUGGUCUCCUUCCACAAGCUGAAGUUGACCAACAACAUCAGCGACAAACACGGAUUCGAGCUCAUCUAUAGCCAAAGUCAACGGAUGUUGUCAAAGUUGCUGUGGCCAAACCCAGUGCCUAGUCCGCCCAGAGACCCCCACUCAGAUCAUUUGUGUGUCACGCAGACGAUCCUGAACUCGAUGCACAAGUACCAGCCGCGGUUCCACCUGGUGCGAGCCAACGACAUCCUCAAGCUGCCCUACUCCACCUUCCGCACCUACGUGUUCAAGGAGACCGAGUUCAUCGCCGUCACCGCCUACCAGAACGAGAAGAUAACGCAGCUGAAAAUCGACAACAACCCCUUCGCGAAAGGCUUCCGAGACACGGGGGCGGGGAAGCGGGAGAAGAAGCAGGCGCUGCUGACGGCGCGGUCGGACGCCCGCGAGGACGACGACGAACGUCCACUAGACGUCGGUGGACCCUCCAGCCCGCCGCCGCCCGCGACGCAACACACGAGCAGCUCGUGGUUCAGUUCGAGCGGAGGCGGCGCGGACUCCGGUCCAGAGGAAGCCGGCUCGGACUCGUCGUGCUCCGGCCCCGCGCGCGCUCCCUCGCCCCCCGCCGGGCCCUCGCGGCCUUCUCCCGCCCCUGACGUGUCUCUCGGCCCGCCGGUGCAGCCCCCCCUCCUGCCCUACCUAUACCCGCCUUCGCUGUACCCGCCACCGUUCUUCCCGCCACACCAAAUGCCGCCAGGUCUGUUGUUCAACCUGCAUCCCCUCCUGCAGCAGUACUCGUUGCCCCCUCCCCUCGCGCCGCCGACCCCCACGUCCGCGCCUUCUCUGAGCAAGACGCACAGGUUCGCGCCGUACGCGCUGCCCGGGUUAGGGUCUGCGUUCGAGCAGGUCGCGCCCAGAGCGAGGAGCCUCAGUUCGUCGCCGGCGCGGCCGCGGGUGGGGUCGCCUCCCACGAGAGCGGCGUCAGCGGACCCCCCACCGGACGCGCCGACGUCGACCACCUCCGCCGCGACCCCUCCCGCGUCCGACCUCAAGAGCAUCGAGCGCAUGGUCAACGGCUUGGACGUGGAGACGCAGGACUGACCGACCACGUGUAUAUAGAGUGUAUUUAUAUCAAGUCUCGUGAACGCGGGGCGUCGUUUUGUAUCGUUCCUAUUUUGUUUUUCUGUCGAGUUCUAUUCGGGUCGAUCGUAAUCGUCUAGGAGACGGCCGUUGGGAAAUCGAAUCCACACACACUUUUCUAUUGGCAUUGACUGUUACUGACGUAACUAUGAUUGGUUUUGUGAAGUCAAAUAUCACAUCACAAAAUUUAAGUAACGAUAACGUAACAAUUUGAACACGGGAAAUCAAUUCUACUUUUAUUUGUUGCCAAAACCUGGGUGUAACGAUAUGAAUGAAAAAUGUUUGUGUUCGACGCGAAAUUUUUCAACAAAUACCUUCGAUGUCACUGACGGCCGUCUCUUAAAAUCAUGAUGUUUGUAAAUAGUUAAGCUUACACUAGAAGGUUGUUUAGAAGUCAUUAAUGUUUGUGGUUGACGAUCAUGCGGUGACAAACACUGUCCGAUCAGGUUAAUUGUGGAAUUCGAAUGUCAUACAAUCAUUGACAUAUGAUUUGACAUGUGAUGUGUUGACUACUUUAUGUCUAAGUUAACUUGUACAAUCAUUGAUGUAUAAGUUGACUUGUACAAUCAUUGAUGUAUAAGUUGACUGGUACAAUCAUUGAUAUAUAAGUUAACUUGUACAAUCAUUGAUGUAUACGUUAACUUGUGCAAUCAUUGAUAUAUAAGUUUACUUGCACAAUCAUUGAUGUAUAAGUUGACUUGUACAAUCAUUGAUGUAUAAGUUGACUUGUACAAUCAUUGAUGUAUAAGUUGACUUGUACAAUCAUUGAUGUAUAAGUUGACUUGUACAAUCAUUGAUGUAUAAGUUGACUUGUACAAUCAUUGAUGUAUAAGUUGACUUGUACAAUCAUUAAUGUAUAACUUAACUUGUGCAAUCAUUGAUGUAUAAGUUGACUUGCACAAACGUUGAUGUACAAGUUUACUUGCCCAAUCAUUGAUGUGUAAGUUAGCUUGUACAAUCAUUGAUGUAUUAGUUGACUUGCAUAAUCUUUGACUUUUACAAUCCUUGAUUUAUAAGUUGACUUGUACACUGAUGCAUAAACAAUGAAACGAAAAGCAAAAUUAUUUUUAUACUGACUGUAAAUCCACAAAUAACAUCAUCGAAUAGUUAAAACAAUGCUUUCUCUCUGAACAUAGAUUCAAAGUUAAACAGUUAAAAAAUAUAUCCAAGUCAUGCGUAACUUAAUUUGUUUUUAUCAUCGAAAUUAAAAAAAAAACAAUUAUUCAAAACCACUUUCAAUUGAUUUUUCUACUUUGACGUCGAUCUAUGUUUAGUAUGAAAAAGUUAAAAAUAUCUCGAAAUAUUGCUAUUAAGAUAUUGUAUCAAGCCAUCACAUACAUAGCUACAAUAAUAUAGGCAUAUAAUAAAUACUGACUUUACUAACUUAAUUGAUAAACCACAUUAAUAAAUAUCUAAAUGAAAAAAUAGAGCAUAUAUUGCAAAUAUCUUGACGACACUUUAAAAACAUACUAAAAUGUAAUAUAACAAACCAGCUAAAGAAAUAUAUCGUCAAUAUAUAACAAUAUACCAUAUGUUCGUGCUAAUAUAUAUGUUCAUAUAUUGUAUCAGCUAUGUAUAUGACGGUAUACAUGUAUGUAACUUUAAAUAUAGAAUUAUUAAAUCACCACACAUGCAAACCACCUGCAAUCGAAAUCACCAAGUGACGUCGGCGCUUACACGUAGCAUGGACACAAUAGUUAACACAUUAGAUUCCACAGCAAUAGUUAUAGUAUAGAUAAUUUGUCGAUGAAAGAGGCGAAAAUUAAAAAAAAAACAACGACGAAUAUACGAGUAAAUCGCAUUGAGUUUUGUUUCGAAUUUCGCAGUGAAUUAUUGUUUUGAAUUCGUCCCUAUCUCUCUCUAUCGAUAGUAUCAUGUUAGACAGAGAUAGAUAGAAACGAAUUUAUAACUCAAACUAUUUAGAUAAAAAAACAUCGUUUCAGAAUAGCGAUAGCAUUAGAAGAAUAGGCCGCGUUUUGUUCUUCUUCGUUUUCGUUUUUGGAAAUUUUGCUCGUUAUUCGUCUUGUGAAAACACUUAAUAUUCUUGUUUCUACAGUAACCUCUAGAAUGUAAUAAUACAAAAUAUAACGUAACUAUUAUUUUAGUACAGAAAUUCUCAAAAUCAAAAUUAAUGGGAUGAUAAUUAUUACUGUAAUAUGGAUGAUCAUUCUUUAUGAUGAUUAAAACGCAAAAUCAAUAUUUUUUUUAUAUUUAAACGUUAAUUUCAUUUGAAAAAAUCACUAAGUUUUUGGCCUCUUUCGUCGAUUUUUCUAAUCGUUUAUUUUCCCACUCUAAUAGAAUAAAAAUAAAAUAUAAAAAAUAAUAUCGCUUUAUUUUGUAAAUACAAUUUGUAAGGUAUAUUAUUUACGUGUUUACUAAUUGACAUAUUUUGAAAAUAUGUUUUGUCAAUUGUGCUGUGAGGGGGUCCGUUUAGUUGGCCCUUGUGAAAAUUAAAAAAAAACACUAAAUUAACGCUAUGGAAAGUAUUAUUAGGUAUUGUCUACUAACGAAUGUCAUUUUGUAAGUUAAUACUAAGUACGAGUUAAACCAUGUAAGUGAGUCUUCGAUCAGUGUAGCGGGAGACGACAGAGGGGGACGGGAAGGGUGGGGGGCGGUAACAGCGAAUUUGUCAUUAUCAGAAUCGAUUGUCAUUUUUUUAAAGGAGAUGGUCCAAAAUUGUAUGGUGCCCAGGUCCAGUCAUUGUACCCUGGCGGAAAUAAAAGAAGAUAUUAUUUUUAACUAUUUCUGAUUAUACAAAUCUACGAAUUUACUUUAAUUCUUUCGAAAUAAAAUUCAUUAUCUCCCAAGAAAUGCAACAUUAAUAAGGGUAUUAAUGGCGGAUAGAUGACGUUUUCAAUGCAUUAAUCAAUUUGACGUUUGCUGUCAACUGUCACAUAAUAGUCGCUCUAUGGGCGCUAUCUUGAUAUAACUCAAAAACUUGGGUUUUUAUUUUAUUUAUUUCUUUUAAUUUAGUUAGAUUUAUUCAUUUUAAUAAAUUUUAAUAAAUUCCUUGUAUUUUUUAAAUUUUAAUGAUACGGGGUACAAGAGUGGACCUGAAAUGGACCUUCCUUCCGUUCGAAGCGAUAGCGUUUGUAGAAAGAAGAUCGAUUGUAACAUGGCUAGAGGCCCUGUAUCGUGCAGUCGAGGACUCACAUAUGUCGGUUGUCUGUUAACACAAUCACUAUUUGUAUGUUUACAUGUAAGGGCGACUAAACGGAUCCGAAUUAAAAAAAAACGAUUGAUGAAAAAAAAAUCUAACUGUAAGUUAAAUUUUGUAAUAUAUAGUUGAUAAAUAUUUAGUUAAAAUACAAAAUAUAUAAUAAUUAUAAAAUGAAUAUAAUUUUCCAUGGAAUUUCAUUAAAGUUAAGCGCAUUAAAAUUUAACAAGAAACAGUUAGAUUACGUAUACAAUGAGGAUUGUGUUUUUACGUUCUGAAAUGACCAGUGAUUUGAGGCAACCACUAAGAUAAAAAUAGUUUAUUUGCAAUUUUUCUACGAGACGUACUAAAAACACGUUGCUUGGCAAAACGAAUGAGACUGUUGUAAACAAUUUGACAGCUGUAUUGAGAAAUAUUCAUUAAAAUAUAUAGAUAAAUCUAUUGACAAAAUCA